AUGAACGGUAUUGGCUUCGAGUGGGAUGUGGUGAGGAGAGGUGAUUUCGAUGAUGGAGAAUUGAGGGGGGAAACUGUGGAGAAAGCGUGGAUUGGCAAUCAUGAGUAUGUGGAACCGUGGAAGAAGUUGGGAUAA